GGUUGCAGUGUGUGAGGAAUGAUGUUCCUGAUGUUCUGCUGCCUCUCCUCCUCUUCCUCUCUCAGGAUGAAGAUGAUCUCCAGGAUCCUGCUGCUCCUCAUCCUCAGCUCAUGUCUCUGUGCAGCAACAUUUGUAGUGAAUGUGACACAGAGCAGCUAUCAGGCAGAGGAGAACCACAGCAUCACUCUGGAGUGGACCUUCACCACCAAGACUCACACAUCGACCGACUCCUUCUUCAUAAACUGUGAUCUGAUCACUGAUCACGGAGUCCUUGUCCUCUAUCAUGUAUAUAAAGGUGUUGAGCUGUCAGAGUUUCAGGAUGAACAGUUUUCAGGACGAGUCCAGAGUGACAAAGACGUCCUCACAGAAGGACGAAUCAGACUCCAUGUGUCCAGACUGAGGACUGAAGACUCUGGUCUGUAUCUGUGUGACUUAAAGACAAAUGAUGGAUUUGGGUCUGCAAAAUGUCAGGUUAAAGUUCACCUUCAAUCUCAGAUGGAAAAGAAACAGGGACUUCUCUCGUCAGUUAUGUCAACCAAACGUAACGUCAAACCUCAGGGAACGACUGUGAAUCCACAACCAAUGGUUUGGGGACGGAUUCCCAUCUAUAUAUUAGCAGGACUGACAGCAGCAUUCCCUGCAGCUCUAUUGGUCAAAGUGCUGCUUCGCGCUAAAUUAUCCAUCUUUAACAAAGCUCCUAUAAAAACUGUAGACCUUUCUGCCUGUUUCAGCAGCAACAUUUGUAGUGAAUGUGACUGUCGGAGUAAAUUCCUCUUGUCUCUGUGCUCCACCAGGUCCGUUAACCAGUUUCAGGACUUGACCAGAACCCCUGAGUAUAAAUUACCUUGAGAAAUAAUGAGGUUUUAUAUAUAAAAACAGGCUGAAAAAUGAUCAAAUGUUACAAGCCAUACAUGUCAUACAAACGGAACAGAUACAGAGUUUCAUUCACCGUCCAGCGCUGAUGGUGAAUGAAACUCUGUAUCAUUCACCGUGAUGAUACAGAUCACGGUGAAUGAUACAGUCCUUAGGGACACCAAGUGAGGUGAAGGCUGUAGGGCGAGUUUAGCUUUUAUUCUUCUCUGCAAUCUGUUUCCUCCCAAAAGGGUAGUCUAAUCAGUUUCAGUCUGUUUAUGUAUGACUGAGAGCAGACACACAUAAAGUUAUAUAAGCUGCAGCGUGGAAGCAGAUAAGAAAAAAAGACAGAACCUACAACAUGACACAGAGCAGUUAUCAGUCAGAGGAGAACCACAGCAUCACUCUGGAGUGGACCUUCACCAAGACUCACACAUCGACUGACUCCUUCAUAAACUGUGAUCUGAUCAUGAAGUCCUUGUCCUCUAUCAUGUAUAUGAAGGUGUUGAGCUUCCAGAUUGUCAGCAUGAACAGUUUUCAGGACGAGUCCAGAUUGACAAAGACGUCCUCAGAGAAGGACGAAUCAGACUCCAUGUGUCCAGACUGAGGACUGAAGACUCUGGUCUGUAUCUGUGUGACGUGAAAACUGAAGAUGGAUUCAACUCUGGAAGAUGUCAAGUCAGUUCUCUUUCAUAAUAAAAUAUUUAUGAUCUGAUUGUUAUUACACUACCAGGCAUGUCUGUACUGUUGUGAACUAAAUAAAAUGUAUCCAGUUUGCAAGCAAUA